AUAUGCAGCCCUCUAGUUUUUGACGUACUUUCUCCGCGAGACGAAAUUCGUUUGACGUUCAAUUAAGGUUGUUAUCGUAUUUGUGGGUGCAAUCACACCGGCUUCGAAGGGAAAAUCUACCAUUUUUGUCGUUACCAACCCCAAGGAUCGAAAAUGCCUGGGUUGUUUAAGGUUGUGUGCCUACUUUAUACAUGCUUUGGGCCGGUUUUAUCUAGCAACACGUCAGCACUUGAACCUUCGCCGACCUUAUCUGCCAGCUAUGCAAUGGUUUCCGGGAAUGCUGAUGUUAGUGCUUCUCAAGCAUCCGGGUUUGCAUCCAGAACCCGGGACGUGACGCCCAUUCCUUCCUCAUCCUUAGUUUCUGCUCAGUCUUCCUUGGGCCAGCCAGAUGACGGCGACAAUGUGUUCCAACAAGCAGCAAAAAAGCUCGAGGAUAAGCUGGAACCCAAUGUUGAAGAGCUUAAUGGAAAAAUCCAUAAGGAAAUCGACCCUACAAGAUCCGAGCCGAGGGAUGUUACUGUUAUUGACAUGCUGGCAAAAAUGAUGGAGCAGACCCAGAAUAUAUUAACGGAGUUCAACAACACAGGAAAUGCAACCGGCGACUUCUUUAACGCCACAAAAGGCUUGGGUUUUGUAUUGGUGAUAGAGAAGCUUGACUGCCACAAAGAAAGAUCAACAGCCAUUCCUGAUCGCUCCGAUAAGGAGACUAGUCGAACACUGGCAAAGUUCUCGGACUACGUGACACUCAAAUUUGACUGCCCGUGGAUCGUAAUUAAUGCCACUCGGUCGAAGAGCACCAACUUAAGAAAAAGAGAAGAUGGCGCAGAAGAGGACGAGAAUGACGACUUCCAUGAGUUUCAAAUGCUGCAUCAUCCUUCAUCGCACAAUUGCAGCCACUUUUUAACAUCUGGUGGGAACAUCACGACUCCUAGCUUUCCUGACAAUUAUCCAAAUAAUGUGAUAUGUACAUGGGUAUUACAGGCACCUGUCAAUCAUACCGUAAAACUGCUUAUCGAGGAAUUUUAUUUGGAAAAAGAUAAGAAGUGUUUCUAUGAUUUUAUGGAGUUUUUUGACGGAGGGAAUGCAAUAGAGGACUUACAAAUGAACAAGCGGUUUUGUGGAAAGCAAAGGCCAUUCAUCGACUAUGAGUCUACGGGGCGAAACCUUACAAUUCAGUUUACGUCCGAUAAAGAUAAAACCUACAAAGGUUUCCUAGCUGUGUGGGAGACCAAGAAAAUAGUUACAGAGUACGUCCAGCAGCAUGUUGCAGCACUAGUUAUGAUAUACAGUCCAACAGUGAACGACACUCAUUAUCCGCUUGGUACGGCCACCACGUGUUCUCCAGGAAGCCGAACCAUUGACAAUGAAUGCGUCUUUGAAGACAAAGUAUUUAUUAUCUCCCGGUUAAUGAUUGCCCAGAUGGACCGUAGUCUUCCACUUGAUGGUGACAACAGAAUCGUUUUACAUUUUGAACAUAUUAUGCACGAGAAACUCUUUCCUACUAUCUACAACGGAGAAAAGAUUUGCGUGUCCUGGAACAAAGAAGCAAAGAACGAGCCCACGGACGAUUCUGAUCAUAAACUUCAACCAAAAGGCGGCUGGACAAGGAGCGGUUGUUCAGUUGCGAAAACAAAUCUUACACACACAUCUUGUGCCUGUAACAAGAAAGGCCUGUUUGCUGUGGUGGGAAAAGAAAAGGUAGAGUCUCAAAAACUCAAACUCUUGGCGAAUACCUAUAUUGGAAUUGGAAUUUCAUUUUUCAUCCUCAUCCUGGCUAUUGUACACAUCGCCUGGAAAGUUGAAAUUCACGGAGGAGAAGUCAUGCGUAUCAACAUGUGCGCCGCCAUCAUCGUCAUGCAGUGCGUGUUUCUGAUUGGUGCACACGUUAAGGCUCAGCAGACACUGUGUGGUUUCCUGGCCUUCACCGUAUAUCUCUCCGUGUUGGCAGAGUUUUGCUGGCUUCUUCUCCACGGUCUCAGGAUCCAUGGAAAGAUCAAGAGGAUUUUUGCCUCAAAUCUCAACAUCGAGAUUGUUUACGUAGUGAUUGGAUGGGGAUUGCCAACGCUACUGGCUCUUAUUGCUAUUGGUGUGCAGAUUGAUCUCAAGAACCCUGAUGACGUCUGUUGGGAAGCAGCAACAGGCAGUGCUAUGUGGGGGUAUGCUGGUCCCGUUAUUAUUAUCGCCCUGGGUCGAAAAGAUUUCGUUAAGCAAGCUGAGAAAGCCAAACCAGACGCAAGCACCGCCGAAAUCCAGCCAGCUGCCACCGAGGAACCUGAAAAUAUUUACGAGACUAUCGAGGAUGUGAAACCAGGGACCGACUUGGGAGAAGGUCAAAUGAAGAGACCUCGAAAGAGAAAUGCAGGGAACAAACAGCCCGAGAAGAUCACAGUUUCCACUUUGAAAAACCUCAACAUCUACAAGGAAGGAGGUCAAUAUGUCAUCGAGGCCUGAACCAAUCAGAAACCAUAUCUUUUGGAAAGCUGUCAGGCGCACGUAUUCAUUCAAAGGUUCAGUCACAUCACAGUAGAACUGCUGGCCGUCAAAUAGCUGCAAUGUGGACACUUAACGCAUUUUCCUCUUCGUAGAAAUGUUAUCUCGAAUAAUUAGAUUCUAGAGAGAGUCAUGACCACUAUAACAGCUUAAAUUUUUGUAGAACAAAUAGCAUUUAAACUUGUUACAUAAAUCUACUCACAGAGUAAUAACCGAGUUACCAGUCAGCGGACACCCAUUAGAACUCUAAUACUGAAACAAACGAUCCCAUCAUUUCAAGAGAAAAGACACCUUGGUGAAAUUAUAUCAAGCAAAUCUUUCCACCAUACAGUUGAAAUGGAGAAUAGUGAUUCAA